GAAUUUUCAUAGUUUGCACAUUUCGUAAUAGAAAAUAAUGGAUUUCUCUAAACAAGAAAUAUACAUAUAUCGAAAUAAUAAACGAUGCAAGAAUCGCAAAGCGCAAGACACAAAAAUUUAAAUUAGAACAUGAAAGAAGAAAGCUAUUGGUAGAUAUGUAAUAAAGAAAAUCGAACUAUAUAAGGUGGCGCGGUGGCAUGCAUUUCGUGGUAGAAUUAUGAUUAUGGUGCAAGCUGUAGCUCGUGCGUUCGAUGUGCUCGUGAUGUCUGUACUCCUGACACUAUUCGUCGAUCAAGUAAGAGCGACGACGAAGAAACGUUCUAAUGAUGCAGCUCUCGUAUACCACUGCAGCAUGCUAUAGCCCCGUAGAAUGUUAGCGCAUAUCUCGUGUACCAGUGUCUCCUUGUUCUAUUCUGCUCGACCCGAAGUCGAUCAAUACGUCGGUUUUACGCACGGUUCGUCCGUGUCUAGACAAUGAACUCUUGUUCGUUGUGUUUCUCAUUCAUGCGUAAGUCUUUUCCAUAUCCAUUUUUUCUAUGACAACUCGAAAUGCCAUGUUUUUUCCAUCGAACCGAUACAGUGUUCGACUAAUUGUUAUUACACCGUACGCUUUCUUGCGACGGAAACAAUCUUUUAUAGACGGAUGAUCCCUGAAGGGUACGAGAGUAUCGAUGGAAUUUUGGUAUAGUGUCUUCUAGGCUAUGCAAUGGGGGACACGUCUGCUCUCCUCCAAAAGAGUGCUGUUCCUUUGGCUGUUGUUACACAGUAUUUCAACUGCACUCUGCAUCAGACAUGUUUAAUUUCUUGAUUUGGACUUAUUGGUAUUUAUGGGCAGCAGUGCUUGUCGGAUUGGCUAUAGCAGCAGCAUGUGGCUGUUGGUUAUGGAAACGUCAUCAUUCAUUUCGUCAUCGUUCAUGGUCUCCAGAAAUAGUAGAAGAUUUUACUUCCUCCGAUAGAGGAUCUUCAGUAUCCUGGUACUCACCACCUCGUUAUAGUCGUUCUGGUUCCUUUGUUCAAGCAUUACCACCUCCGUAUAAUGAGGUUACAGCCAAACCAAAUCUAUAUCCAUUAGUCAUUGGAUACGAUGAAGGAUCUGGUAAAGGAACUUCAGGAUUUGUAAUGCGUUAUUUUAGAUCACUCUCACAUGCAAGCACAUUAGAUUCAUUAGGUUCAAGUUUUAUGUGUAAUAUGGUGAACGAGGCAAAUACCAUAAUUCCACCACCGUAUUCGUGUAACAAUAGCGUUGACGAGUUGUCUGCAGUAGAAUGUGCAAGGAUGGAAAAUAUGGAUGUUGGAUCCGUUGUAUCAUUGGCUAAUCAUAGGACUACCUCUGACAUAUCGAGUUUAGCUGCUCAAUCUCCGUGUUCACCACCACGGGCUACUAGUCCAACAAUAGAGUUACGUGAAUUGUUAGAUAAAAUUCAACAAUUACCCCAACUACCGGGUGGACAUAGUACUGUAUUGUCUUGUUAUCAAAAUCGACCUCAAGUUUUAUGUACAUCGAAUGCAAAUGGCUCUACGCAACGGCCUUUAAGUCCAGGUGAUAUUGGAUCUUAUAAAACUAGACGGACGCGAGGAAAAAUGUACAUGCCAUUAGGACUUCCAAGUUCGAAGAACAAGACUAGACGAUGGCUAUCGCGAUCAGCACCGACGACACCUUCGGGUACGAUACCAAUGUCUUUUUUGCCUGGACAAACUAGACGACCUUCAGAAACAGAUAAUAAUAAUCGGCAAGUAGUUCCUUUGCUUUCGGAACAAGAUGAAACGGAAAGCAAUAAUGUAGAUCAGAUGAACAACAUUCCAUUAUUAUCUGAACAAGAAGAAGAUAGACAACAAACAUGACGAUACGUUUAACAAUGUGUUUUGUGCUUAUAUA